GCUACAUCCAGCACGCGGGACUGUUUCCUCAUCCACAGUUGUGGGGAGGUGUCUCAACAGUAUUAACCCAUAGAUAUGAUAUGAAGGGCGUCGCUGAGUGUUUUGUCCCAGGAGGAUUGGCUCACCUGAGAGAUAAGGCGUCUUACGGUGGAAAGAGGGAAGGGAAGUUGUUUGAUGUUUACGUUGCUGGCAGUGUCAACAAUGUCACUCCCCCUAAUGCCUGAGUGAGAAGGCAUCCAUUGGUAAAGGAUGUCCCAUCCCCCUGUAGUGAGGUGGAGGAGAGUCCUCUGUAUGGUAUGAACUAAAGCUGUUGAGAAGAGCAGAUGCUAACGUCACCUGUAGUUCCAUAUUUCAAUCUUCCUCUUGAGACCUUUAGUUUCGUCAGUGGUGGCUUCCCGGGCCUGACUUUCAAGACACUCAAACACAUCAGGGUUUUUCUUCAAAAGACCGGACAGCUCACCAGAAUCUAACCAGUGCCUGAGAAAUGGAGGAAAGUACAAAUCACCUCAUUCACCGAUUGUUGUGGAGGAAGAGACCUCUGGGCAUGUGGUGGCUGCUGGUCAGUCUGUUGUUUCUUGGCUUCAUCAUGGCCCGACCACGCAAUAGUCAGCCUUACUGCUUCACAAAUGACACUGAUCGUUAUCACCAGUUUGCAACCAAGACUCCAUACAAUUACUCCAGGGGACAUUUUUCUUCCUUGGACUUGGUUCCUGAUGGAUGUGUGGCAGUUCAGGCAUGGCAUCUGAUCCGUCAUGGGACUCGCUACCCUGAUAAAGAUGAUACAGAACACUUUGUCUUGGAGCUGCCAGGCAUGCAGACCUCUGUUCUGAAAGCUCAUGAAAAAGGACAAGGAGAAUUAUGUGAAGGUGACCUGUCCCUGCUAUCUGGAUGGAGCCUUGGGAUCAUUAACACCUCCUGGGCCUCAAUACUGGCACCUGAGGGUGAACUGGAAAUGGAGGGUCUUGCUUCCAGGUACAAGGUUGCUCUGCCCUCCCUCUUUGAUCAGCAGUUUUCCAAUGAUUCCUUCAAGUUUCGGCACACUGCAUCUCAGCGAACAAAGGCCAGCGCAACAGCAUACUCCAAAGGACUAUUUGAUGAUGCCUCCAUCUAUAUUCCUCCAGCCCUUGAUCCUGAUCCAUUGCUAAAGUUUUAUGACAUGUGUGAGAAGUACAAGGUAGAGGUAGAGGACAAUCCAGCUGCCAGAAGGGAAGGUCAUCUCUUCUGGGAGGGGCCUGAGGUGGGCAAGGUUAGCUGCUGUAUGAUGCGUGUCGCUUUUACCAGGCGUGGCAGCCAGCACAACCUUCCCCUUGGUGUGUUUGCCUUCACUCCUCAUGACCUACAGGUGCUAGAGUAUUAUUAUGACCUGGAGGAAUACUACACAGCUGGAUUUGGACAUAACAUAAACACAGCGAUGGCCUGUCCCCCUCUGCAAGAUGUCUAUCAACACUUCAGCAAUGCUGUGUGGAGAGGACAGGGACCUCGAGGAAUCUUCUAUUUCACGCACAGCAAGGCUGUCAUCUCUGUGAUGUCUCGCCUGGGCCUGUAUCGUGAUCGGGCGCCGCUCACUCACCGCCACAUGAAUCCCAGAAGGCUGUGGCGGACCUCACAACACGGCUCCUUUGCCACCAACCUUGCUUUUACACUCUCCAUCUGCAAUCAAAACAGGUGGUGGGUGAGUGUGGCAACGAGCGAACAAAUGGCUGCACUGGAGGGUUGCGAAGGCCCUAGGGGCUGCUCCUGGGAAGAGUUCACACAGUUAUUGUCAGGAUCCCAGCAUUGUGAUCUGGAUGUAAUUUGUGCCGUGACUCCUUCAGGAUCCGGCAGUCCUGCUGAAGGCAAGGGAUGGGAAGGCAUGCCGAUGCAGAUCUUGCUCUCCAUUCUUCUUGCUUCAGACAUGUUCCUGUAGGAUGGAUAUGAUGCUGAGCUGCACAUGCUGUAGUACUGGAGCGCAGCACUCCUCCCCUCUCCUGCCCACCGCCUGCCGCAGUGUCUUCCAUUUCCUGACUGUACAUACACGUGUCAUGUAGCAUGCAUACAGUUACCUUACCGUAAUCAAAGCAACCAUCAUCAUCCCAUGUGCAGCAGGCAACAAAAUUACCUCAAACUCCACAAGGUGCAAGGGAAAUAUAUCAGAAAGUAUCUUGUAUGUACAGUACAUCUGGCAUUGAAAUAAGCAACAGCAAAAGCAACAUCUGUCAAGUGAAGUGUCAGCAUGGCACCUCUGCUGGCCCUGCGGCAGCUGAGAAAGCAGCUGCUUCCUACGAUCUUAAUUAUCUUCUCACAUAUGUAUGUGAGAAUGCUGUGGAACCUGGUCAGUGUUGCCACGUGUUUAGUUAAGGCGGUGCAGCAGGUAUUGUGCAGCAGGCGCCACAAACUGCAUUAUUAUUAUUAUUAUUAUUAUUAUUAUUAUUAUUAUUAUUAUUAUUAUUAUUAUUAUUAUUAUUAUUAUUACUACUACUACUACUACUACUACUACUACUACUACUACUACUACUACUACUACUACUACUAGUAGUAGUAUUAAAGUAUUAUGUUACUAUUACCUACCUUUGUUUUCACUAAAUCUGAUGACUCCAGUCCCUCUCAGAGCAUCGCGAGGGAGUAGAUUGUGUCACCUCGGCGGUGCUAUGGGAGGAUGCUUGUGUGAAGAAGCAACCCAGGCAUUUGUACAGAUGGCUGGGUUUUUAAAUGAUAUCAAGUAAUUUUAUUAUUUUAUUUAUAUUUGUAACAUUCUCACUUGUCCAAUUUACAUUAAUCAUGUCGUUUUAUUAUCAUAUUUUAGAUCGCACAAGCAUGUGACCAUGUUGUGCCGCUUGAUUAUCUUAUUUCAAGCAGUAUACAAUCACACUGGUCUAUACUUCACCGUUGCAGAGAACCAGGGUUGUUAACUUUGUACUGAUUGGGGCUCUAGACUACGUGUCUGAAUUUCUUGCACGUCAUAAGAGGCGAUUAUAAAGGACGGAACGAA